AUGAUGACAAAUGUAGAGGUACCAGUGGAAGUAUUGAAGGACCAAAAACAUGAGAAACUUUUUGAUAAAGUUUUUUGUAUACCAGAGAUUGCCACGGCUCCGGAGCUGGCUCUUGGCUCCGGCUCCGAGCCGGAAGCCAGAGCCGGAGCCGGAAAUUUUGGGUGCGGUUCCGGCUCCCGAGCUCAAAGUCGAAGCCAGGCUCCUCAGCGUCCAGAAAAGUAA